GGGUCGGACUUCAUCAAGACGUCAACAGGGAAGGAGUCUGUCAACGCUACCUACCCUGUCGCCAUAGUGAUGGUCAGAGCCAUCCGGGACUACUUCCUGAAGACUGGACAUAAGGUUGGUUUUAAGCCUGCUGGUGGGAUCCGUACAGCCAAGGAGUCGUUGGUGUGGCUGACUCUGAUGAAGGAAGAGCUGGGAGACGAGUGGCUGAGCCCUCGCCUCUUUAGACUGGGGGCUAGUAGCCUGCUGGCUGACAUAGAGAGACAGAUCUACCAUCACGUGACUGGUCGCUACGCAGCCUAUCACCAGAUGCCCAUGGCCUGAAACCACGGUUACCAUUUCCAAAGUGACCAAUUCCGAAACCUCACCCGAACCAGCCUAUCGCUGUGCAAGAUACCUCUGUUGUUGGACUUGGAGAGAGAGCCUGAUGUUUUACUGUGUACCAGACAUGCAGUACUACUGGUAUAUCUGUCAUUUUACUUUGUACAGUACUACUGGUAUAUCUGUCAUUUUACUGUGUACAGUACUACUGGUAUAUCUGUCAUUUUACUGUGUACAGUACUACUGGUAUAUCUGUCAUUUUACUGUGUACAGUACUACUGGUAUAUCUGUCAUUUUACUGUGUACAGUACUACUGGUAUAUCUGUCAUUUUACUGUGUACAGUACUACUGGUAUAUCUGACAUUUUACUGUGUACCAGACAUACAGUACUACUGGUAUAUCUGGCAUUUUACUGUGUACAGUACUACUGGUAUAUCUGGCAUUUUACUGUGUACAGUACUACUGGUAUAUCUGACAUUUUACUGUGUACAGUACUACUGGUAUAUCUGUCAUUUUACUGUGUACCAGACAUGCAGUACUACUGGUAUAUCUGUCAUUUUACUGUGUACAGUACAGUACUACUGGUAUAUCUGACAUUUUACUGUGUACAGUACAACUGGUAUAUCUGUCAUUUUACUGUGUACAGUACUACUGGUAUAUCUGACAUUUUACUCUGUACAGUACUACUGGUAUAUCUGUCAUUUUACUGUGUACAGUACUACUGGUAUAUCUGUCAUUUUACUGUGUACCAGACAUGCAGUACUACUGGUAUAUAUGUCAUUUUACUGUGUACAGUACAGUACUACUGGUAUAUCUGGCAUUUUACUGUGUACAGUACUACUGGUAUAUCUGUCAUUUUACUGUGUACAGUACUACUGGUAUAUCUGACAUUUUACUGUGUACAGUACUACU